AUGUUGAACAACGGAGUGCUCAGGAGGAGCAAGAGCGUGAGCGCAGACGAGGAUCUCGCUCUGUCAAGGGCCGCCGCAUGGGCCUGGCACCAGCACACCACCGCCAAAGAAGGCAAGCUCGUCCAACCCUUCGAAGCUGUCGGCGGCGCCGCUCCCCGCCGGCGCCGCCCUUCUCGCUACAAGCUCGAGGCGGAGGCCGCUUCCGCCAUCGCCGCUGCCGUCCACUGCCCUGAGAAGAAGCCUCUCGCGCGAAACGCCUCCCUCUCUCUCUUCGAUCGCUACGAGAUCGAGCGGAUCACCAGCGACCUCGAUACCCUCAUCCACCGCUCUCGCACCUGCCGGAAGCAAUCGGCCAAGCCAUCGCCACCGACGCCGUCGCCGGCGACGGCGGCGAAGGCCAGUCCCUUCUGGGCCCGCCACGCCGUCGGCUUUUGCCGGCCCAGGGCUGACGCCGUCGGGACGCCCGUCCUGUUCGUCGGCCACCGCCUGUAA